GGUCUCCCGGUUCGAUUCGGUUCAACAAAAUCCUUCUGUCUAAACUAAAACCCUAACCCCCCAAGCCCAUCUGAGUUCUCUCCCUGGCGUGUUCUUCUCGCUGUGCAUCGUCUUCAGAGGAUCGCCUGAUUACGGCACUGAAUUUACAUGUAUGUUCAGAUUGCUGCCCGCCUGCAAAGCGAGGCAUUUUUCGCCUUAUCGUCUAUCUAUUGGAACCAGCCGCCAAUUAUAUUCGACGGCUGCAAAUUGUGCGCAAGUUUUGUCCAAUGGCGCAGAGGAGGCGAACGGAGAGAUUGAUUUCGAGUUCCUUUUCCGGUCAUGUACGAAAGUCCGCCUCGCUAAGCGCCUCCACGCGCUUCUUAUUGUGUCGGGGAAUGGCCAAGGCAUGUUCAUUGCCACUAAACUUGUCAAUCUUUAUUCCAAUCUCGGCUAUGUUGCGUUGUCUCGCUCGACGUUUGAUCAGAUCGCGAAGAGGGAUGCCUAUACAUGGAACUCAAUGGUAUCGGCCUAUGUUCGCAAUGGCCAAUUCCGUGGAGCUGUGAAUUGCUUAUAUGAAAUGUUAUCGGGCUCUGAAGUUAGGCCGGACUUUUAUACUUUUCCUCCGGUGCUGAAAGCUUGUGCUAAUUUGUUAGACGGGAAGAAGUUACAUUGCUGGGUGUUUAAAUUGGGUUUGCAAUGGGAUGUCUUUGUGGCUGCGUCUUUGGUCCGCAUGUAUUGCCGCUUUGGCUUUAUUGCUGUUGCAUAUCAGAUAUUUGGCGAUAUGCCAUUCAGAGAUAGGGGUUCCUGGAAUGCGAUGAUUUCUGGGUUUUGUCAAAACGGCCACGCUGCAGAGGCGUUGGGUGUUUUGGACGAGAUGAGGUUAGAGGGAAUGGAGAUGGAUUCUGUCACAAUUUCAACUAUUCUUCCCUUGUGUGCGCAAAUGGAUGAUAUUUUGCAUGGAUUGCUGGUGCAUUUGUAUGUCAUAAAGCAUGGGCUGGAGUUUGAUGUGUUUGUGUCCAAUGCCUUGAUAACCAUGUAUGCUAAAUUUGGAAACUUGGGGCAUGCACAGAAGGUAUUUGAUGAAAUGGUGGUCAGAGAUUUGGUUUCAUGGAACUCAAUUAUUGCUGCAUACGAGCAGAAUGGCAAUCCGGAAACUGCAUUAAAUUUUUUUGGCAACAUGCAGUUUAAUAGAGUUCAGCCUGAUAUGCUGACACUGGUGAGCUUGGCUUCUAGUGUUGCUCAAUCUAGGGACUGCCAAACAAGCAAAUCUAUUCAUGGUUUUGUCCUUAGGAGAUGUUGGAUUAUGGAAGAUGUUGUCAUUGGAAAUGCAGUUGUGGACAUGUAUGCAAAGUUGGGUAAUAUUGAUUCUGCACGUAGAGUUUUUGAAGAAAUUCCUUUAAAAGAUGUGGUUUCUUGGAACACUAUGAUAUCAGGCUAUGGUCAGAAUGGCCUUGCAACUGAGGCCAUUGAAAUAUUCCGAAUGAUGGAAGGGUGUCAGGAUAUAACACCUAACCAAGGGACUUGGGUAAGCAUUUUACCAGCUUGCUCACACCUAGGGGCCUUGAAACUGGGUAUGAGAAUUCAUGGACGAAUUUUAAAAGCAAGUUGCCACGUAGAUGUCUAUGUUGCUACCUGCCUUAUUGACCUGUAUGGAAAAUGUGGGAGACUGGGUGAUGCAAUGUCCUUAUUUUAUGAAGUUCCCAGGAUAAGUUCAGUUACUUGGAAUGCUUUAAUAUCCUGUCAUGGGAUUCAUGGGCAUGGUGAGACUUCUAUGCAGCUUUUCAAAGCUAUGCGGGAUGUAGGGGUAAAGCCUGAUCAUGUAACUUUUGUAUCUCUGUUGUCCUCUUGUAGCCAUUCGGGCUUAGUUGAUCAAGGGCAAUGGUGCUUUCAUGUGAUGCAGCAAGAGUACAGAAUUGAACCUGGUUUGAAGCAUUAUGGCUGCAUGGUAGAUCUGCUUGGUAGAGCUGGAUAUUUAGAAAAGGCAUACUGUUUUAUCAAAAGUAUGCCUUUGCAACCUGAUGCUUCAAUUUGGGGUGCUCUUCUUGGAGCUUGUAGAAUCCAUGGAAAUAUUGAACUGGGUAAGUUUGCUUCAGAUCGCUUGUUUGAAGUUGAUAUCGAGAAUGUUGGAUACUAUGUUUUAUUGUCAAAUAUAUAUGCAAAUGUUGGAAAAUGGGAGGGAGUGAAUGAAGUGAGAUCAUUGGCCAGAGAUAGGGGAUUGAAGAAGACUCCUGGUUGGAGCUCAAUUGAGCUGAACAAUAGGAUAGAAGUCUUUUAUACUGGAAAUCAAUCUCAUCCACAUUGUGAGGAGAUCUAUAAGGAGUUGGAGACUUUAACUGCUAAAAUGAAGAGCAUUGGCUAUAUUCCAGAUUAUAGCUUUGUGUUGCAGGACGUUGAAGACAAUGAAAAGGAGCAUAUCCUUAUGGGUCAUAGUGAGAGAUUAGCUAUUGCAUAUGGAAUUAUUAGCACCCCUCCUAAAACUCUUAUUCAAAUCUUCAAGAAUUUGCGGGUUUGUGGAGAUUGCCACAAUGCAACUAAAUUUGUAUCAAUGAUUACAGAGAGGGAGAUUAUAGUGAGGGAUUCUAAUCGCUUCCACCACUUCAAAGAUGGCAUUUGUUCUUGUGGGGAUUAUUGGUGACAUGGAUUAUAUGUAGGUAUUCAGAAAUUUGACAAUUUGGAUAAUUGUCAUUAAAUUGUUCCGGGUCAGAAGAUCAACCACUAAGAUCAUAUCAAUCAUUCUGAUGACUAGUGGUUCUAGAACUUGUGGCUUUGCUUGUAUUUCCUCUAGGUUUUUUGGACAAGCCUAUAUAUUGCAGAUACCAUUAGCAGUGGGUUUUGAGACGGGGAUAUGGUUGAAAUCACCAGAAAUUGGUUCGGGAGCUUGUGGUUUUGCUUGAAGUUUCUCUGGGUUUAUUUGGACAUGCCUACAGCUUGCAGCUAGCAGUGGGUUCUGCAACAGGAUGUGGGUGGGAAAAAGAACCAAAAAAAAGACACGACCCUUGCCCUCAAUUAUUGCAUUUGAACAUUUCUGGGAGAGCCUUCACAAGGGAAAAUAGAUAAGAAUGUGUUAUUUCCAAUUGAGGGUUAAUGGGCUAUAAGAAAAUUCUGGAGUUUGACCCUGAUGAGCAUGAAGAGUGGCUAAUCAUGAUAUUGCUCUUGAAGAAUUAGAAGCAGAUGCUAACAACAAAAGUCACAAGUCUUAAUCCCACCACGUAGGUCGACAGCAUAAAUUCUAGACUUCCAGUUAAUUUUAUCUGCUUUGAACUAGAUUCAUGGAUUUUGAAAAAUUAGAAGCAGUCCAAAGAAUUUAAAACAACCGUGGUGAUAAUAUUAAGAUGGCCGAAAUUCAGUUCCAUGCUCAGAUGAUGAAGAAUCGGAUGAAGAGGAAGAAGAAAAGACAAGCAAGGAUUAACUUGUGAAGUCUUUGAACAACAAUAUAUAUAGUAUGUAGGAUUUUAAGGAAGGUUACUAAAAACUAAUGAGAAUUGAACUAGCUUGUAACUUUGUGUUACGCUGUUGUAACUUGUAAAGUUGCAGUGUAGAGUGAACUUAUCCGGGGUAGUGGCCCUCCCGGGCAGUGGUUCUACAUGACCACCAAGAUCUACUAGGAAAAUUAUGGAAACUGCUUUAUGCAGCAGAACUCCAUGAUUCAUCACCUCCAGAUAAUGUGGCAAAGUUAUGUUUGCCUAUUUACAUAGCCAUAAUACGUUCAACCGAUGAGGACAUGACCACCCUUUUGGCUAAAGGAAAACUCCAAGGACACAUCUUAUCCAUCAAAUUUUAUUUUUUUCUCUUCUAUUACAGUUGGCUUAUGAGUUAUGAUGCAAGUGCAAUACUAGGACCAGUAUUUGAAUUGAUGAGAAAUAUGGAAGUUUUGGUUCCUUUGGUUCUGAGUUUGAAUCGGGGUCAUCAUUCCCUGGUGAGGUGAAUGAAGUGAAACUGAAAAUCAUUUGACAGACGAUACAAAGAAGCAUAUGGUGAAGAAUGUGUCAAGGGUACCAGUCAAGUAAAGCUUCGUGAAGCAGGUUAGUUGCGUAGCAUAUCCAAUUUCAUAAUUUAUAUCGCACUAGUCGUAGUGUCGCAUCCCUGUAUUUAUUGGAAGACUGGCGGACAGGCAGAGAGGGACGGCAGCAUUAUCAUGUUCCUGUCGUCCGCGAAGGGAUCGCGAGAAAGACCAUCGGGAGCUCAACACGCGUCGCGUCCUGACCGCGACUAUUACCAGUCUGUACCCAGCAGGACUGCGCUGAAACCAACUUCACACGAUCACGGAGAGGAGAGUGUCCCAUGUGAUACUUGCGCAACUUCCACGUCGACGUUUCCUAUUGUACGUGACCGACGUUGGUCCCAUCAGUUGAAAUCCAACAUCAUGGGAUGUUGGAUUUUCAUUCGCUUCCAAGCGCAUGAUCAUGGGAAGGCUCGAGAUUACCAUUCUAAUUAUAACAAAACACAACGCCAAAUCACAUGAAAUGCUUGGUU